UACAGCAGCUCAGCGGAGCACCCCGGAGCUUCCAAGCCGCCUCUAAGCUCCUCCAGUAUGACAUCACGGAUAUUGCUACGACAGCAGCUGAUGCGUGAGCAGAUGCAACAGCAAGAGCGACGAGAGCAGCAACAGAAGCAGCAGACAGCUCAGUUCAUGCAACAGAGAGCGGCCGUCAGCCACACGCCAGCCAUUAACGUCUCCAGCAGCCUGCCUGCUUCCCCCCAGGUGCCAAUGGAAAUACUCAAGGUGCAGACCCACCUUGAAAAUCCAACCAAGUACCACAUCCAACAAGCCCAAAAACAGCAGGUAAAGCAAUACCUGACUACGGCCAAACACUCCGGCCAGGCGUUAAGCUUACCCUGUCCAAAUCAGCCUGGUGAUCACAUCAUGCCCCCUGGACCGGGAAGCAGCGCGCCAAACAGUCCAAUGGCUUUGUUAACAAUUGGUUCAACCUGUGAAAAAGAGAUGGAUGAUGUGAUCGAUGAUAUAAUAAGCUUGGAGUCCAGUUAUAAUGAAGAUAUUCUCUUGAUGGAUCCUUCUAUGCAAAUGGCAAACACGCUGCCUGUCUCUGGUAAUUUGAUUGACAUUUAUGGAAAUCAAGGUAUGCCUCCACUGGGGUUAAACAUCACUAAUUCUUGCCCUGCUAAUCUUCCCAAUAUCAAAAGAGAGCUCACAGAAACAGAGGCAAGAGCACUAGCCAAGGAAAGGCAAAAGAAGGACAAUCACAACCUCAUUGAAAGAAGGCGAAGAUUUAACAUCAACGAUCGCAUUAAAGAAUUAGGAACUUUAAUACCCAAAUCAAAUGAUCCUGACAUGAGGUGGAACAAGGGAACAAUAUUAAAAGCUUCGGUGGAUUACAUUCGCAAACUGCAACGAGAACAACAGCGAUCAAAAGAGGUCGAAAACAAGCAGAAGAAACUGGAGCAUGCCAACCGGCAUCUGCUCCUGAGGAUACAGGAGCUAGAGAUGCAAGCACGUGCACAUGGUCUUUCCAUUAUGCCUUCUACUGGCCUCUGCUCGACAGACCUUGUUAACAGAGUCAUCAAACAAGAGCCAAUGCUUGACAGUUGCAAUCAAGAGAUGCUGCAAAACCACCAUGAUCUUUCCGGCACUACCACUUUGGAUCUCACCGACGGAACCAUCACGUUCAGCAACAACCUGAGAAACAUGUCUGACUCCCCAACAGCCUACAGUAUCCCCACCAAGAUGGGCUCUAAACUAGAAGACAUAUUCAUGGACGAUACACUUUCUCCGAGAGUAAAUGAUCCACAUCACACCAUAUCUCCUGGGGCCUCCAAAACAAACAGCAGAAGAAGCAGUAUCAGCAUGGAAGAAAAUGAUCACUGUUAG